AUGGCCGCCAACAAUCAAACAUUGCCCACUGACGGGAGCCGCAUCUUGCGUGUUGGUAUCAUCGGUUGUGGUGAAAUCUCCCAAGUUGCACACAUCCCGAAUAUCAAUGCUUUGGCUCACCGCUUCCGCACCACAUAUCUCUGCGAUAUCUCAAAGCAGUCUCUCGCCUACUGUGCUGGAAAGGUCCAGGGCGGUACUCCUCAUACAACCACGGACCCAGUGGAGCUAUGCUCUUCUCCGGAGGUGGACGUUGUCCUCAUCGCCAAUGCCGAUGCAUACCAUGUCGAGCAUGGCAUUCUUGCCCUGCAAUAUGACAAGUAUUGUCUGAUUGAGAAGCCUGCUGCUCUCUGCUUCCGCGACUUGGAUAGGCUCAUUGAGGUCGAGAAGAACUCCAAGGGCAAAGUUUUUGUGGGAACAAUGCGUCGAUACGCCACAGCGUUCCUCGAAGCCGUGAAAGAGGUGGGAGGCAUGGAUCAGAUCAAGUUCGCCCGAGUCAGGGACAUCAUUGGUCCCAACUCGGUCUUUGUCGAGCAGUCUGGCAUGUUCCCGCAGAAAUUCACCGAUUUCUCUGAAGCUGAUGGUCAGGAUCGUGUCCGCCGCGAGAAUGACAUCUACGAGCAGGCUCUGAAGCAUGAAUUUGAUGUUCCCGUCACACCAAAGUCUAUGAGGAUGUUACGUGUACUCGGAGCCCUGGGUACCCACGACCUUUCUGCCAUGCGUGAGAUUCUUGGAAUGCCUCAGGGUGUAGCCGGCGCUAUCUUGACCCUGCCGGGGAUUUUCAGUGUCCUUUUCCAGUACAAUGAUUUCCCAGUGUCAUAUGAAUCAGGGCUCAACAAUGUUCCUCAAUUCGAUGCCCACAUUGAAGUAUACUCCGCGGACAAGAUUGUUCGCAUCAAUUACGACUCUCCGUACGUGAAGGGCCUGCCUGUAACCAUGACCAUCCGGGAAAAGGAUGGAGAGUCGGGUUUCCAGGAGCGCACGAUUCGGAGGACGUACGAAGAUCCUUACACGCUGGAGAUGUUGGAGCUUUACGACUGUGUCAUCAACAACAAAACACCCAAGACCAGUGCGCAAGACGCUCGCCAAGAUAUAGAACUAUUCCGAAUGAUCUUGAAGGCUGGAGAAGAUAGGUACAAGGCUGAAAUAGCCUCUGGAAACUAG